CCAUUUCGAACUAUUUUUGUCUAGUUACUUAUUGGUCUUGUUUAAGACGUGUGUAUUCUAUACAUAUAGAACAUCCCCUUUUGCAGAGAAGUCCGCUUUAUCAAGUUGAGUUUUAUGCAAAUUUAGGGAUUGGCCACCCAAUUAACAUCCCACCUUCAUUCUCGUUGAAAGUUUGUCUUUGGUACUAAAUUACUAAUACAAUAGCUGAAUUCAGUGUAUCUAUUUUAAAUUAUAUAAUGUAUUAUUGGGUCCCAUUGCUUAGGUGCUGUUGUAUUUAUCUGUAAAAUAAAAUUGGAAAAAAUGAGAAGAGGAUAAAUUGUAAUUUCCAAUAUUGCAGACCACAAUUUUCAAGGGCCAAUCACCAUUUUUUAGUUUUCAAUCCUUUCUUUCUUUUUUUGCUUUCUGCUCUCUCACGUAAGUUCUGUGCGCCUCAAAGUGUAAGGCUCGAUUUUUUUCUUUUUUUUUCAUUGUCGAAUUUUAUUGGUACAACCGGUGGUACAGUGCAACUCAUAUCAUAUCGACAUGUCCCGGAAAUUAGUUGGAACAAUCGUGUCACCGUUUGUCCCUCACGUUACGAAUUUUCGUACUUCAAGAAUUGCUAGUGCCCACAGGACACAGAAUAAAGCACUUGAAGUCCUUGUCUAAGUUAUCUUUCACAUAAUUAUGAUCAGUGAUGUGGAAGAUGAAGAAUAUUACAACAGGCCGCUUGGACGAUGGCCUGUUUUCGUCUAUGGUGUGGGUCACAUGCUCAAUGACAUUACAUCCGCCUGUUGGUUUACUUACUUGUUGGUGUUCCUCACAGACAUCGGGCUUUCUCCAGGGGAUGCUGCAAUUGUGAUGCUUAGUGGACAAGUGGCAGAUGGUUUCAUGACUGCCUUUUCUGGCGAGCUGAUAGACCGGUUUGGACAUUUCAAAAUUUGGCAUGGCGCUGGAUCCCUGCUAGUUGCUGUUUCAUUUUCUUCAGUUUUUGGUGGUUGUAUACCAUGCAAAAUAUUUGGUACAAAUUCAUCUGCUCUGGAGACAAUUGGAUACAGCAUUUUUGCAGCUAUCUUCAAUAUUGGUUGGGCUGCCACUCAAGUUUCACACAUGUCCAUGGUGAACUGUAUGACGCUGAAUCCCACGAGCAGAGUAGUGCUAGCCAGCUGUCGGAAUGCAUUUACUAUGAUUGCAAAUCUAAGCUUGUAUGCAGUGGCUUUUGUUGUCUUUGGUCUUGGUAAAUCAAGGACUCAUGCUGAUAUAGAAAGCCAGUAUCGUUGGAUUGCUUAUUCAUCAAUUUUUAUUGGAUGCUGCUUUGUCUGCAUCUUUCUUACUGGAACUAAAGAGCCCAGAUUGAAAGAUGGCUUUCCAGGAAAAGUCUAUGCUAGAGUAGAAUGGACCUACUGGUUCCAUAAAGUGCUCUACUAUCAGGUUGCUCUUGUAUAUACGCUGACUAGACUAGUGACUAAUGUCUCACAGUCAUUUCUUGCCUUUUACGUCAUCAACGACCUACAAAUGGCUCAAUCUUCAAAAGCACUGGUGCCUGCUAUCAUAUACAUUUGCAGCUUCAUCAUCUCCAUUAUUUUACAGGAGAUGGCUUGGACUGGCCACCGCCUGAAGACAUUCUUCUCUAUUGGAGGCGUGCUUUGGAUAUUUUGCGGUGCAGCAGUUUUGUUUUUGCCUCAAGGCUCGAGUAGUUAUAUGUAUAUCAUCUCUAUUGUUAUUGGUAUCGCAAAUGCACUGAUGAUGGUUACUGGAAUAGGUAUGCAGAGUGUCCUUGUUGGACAAGAUCUUAAUGGGAGUGCUUUUGUCUAUGGUUCACUGAGCUUCAUGGACAAAAUGUCUUGUGGAAUUGUGUUGUACCUUUUGGAAUCAUAUCAAAGCAACGAGUCUUCAAAUAUCGGAGAGCUUCAUUCGUCCAUACUAAGUUUCUCUAUUACCAGAUAUGCUGUGGGUGUUGUACCAGCAAUUUGCGCUCUCAUUGGCGUGGCAGUAACAUAUAGUAUGAAACUUGCAACUCCUCCAAAGCCUUUAAUAGAGCCCCUUCUGGUCUAACAUGGUUCAAUCUGCAGCAUUGACAUCAAAUUUAGAGAGAAAUUUUGGAUUGUUUUAUUUUUUGACACUAGAAAUCACGUCUCCCACCAUGUACAGUCAAUUUUACAGCGCUUAAACAUGUAAUCUAUUCGCAGUACUCUAAUGUACGUGUUGUAAGCUUCCGUUGUUUGGUCUUCCUUUUUUUUGGUUGAUGUUUCCAUUGCAAUAUUAUUACAAAAGGAAAAUUUGUAAUUAUUAAUCCAA